AUGUCUGACGAUCAUGUUGAUUUAAUUAAUAGGGAUCCCAAUUCACUGAACGGCCAUUUUGGGACUCUACUGUUCAACGAUGUCCUUGGUGAGCCCGAUGGUACCCACAGUAUUGACUGCGUCUGGAAGCUGUCCACAUGUUUCGAGUGCUGGAAGGGCCUGUGUUACAAGCUCCUGACGCUCUUCUGCGGAAUCUGUAUUGCGAUGGAGUGGGGCUGCGAGUUCGCCUACAUUGCUUUCUAUCACGUCUGGUUCAUCACUCCAUGCAUGAAGGUCUUCGAGAUCAACUGUGGACUCUGCCAGAAGAUCUACACUCUUAUCAUCAACUGUUGUAUUGUACCAUGGACGGAGGCUUGUGGGGGAAUCUUUGUUCACUUCAAGAGAUAA